AUGUCAGAUCCAAGCUCCAUUAAUGGUGGUGCCGCCGUUGCCAUGGUAGGCAAAGAAUGCAUAGCAAUUGCAUGCGACUUGAGGUUGGGAAACCAGUCGUUAGGAUUGUCUAACAACUUCGAAAAAGUAUUCCAGUUUGGAGACAAGACGUUUUUGGGGUUGACAGGAUUGGCCACCGACGUUCUCACAUUGAAGGAGGAUUUCCGCUUGAAACACAAUUUGUACAAAUUGAGAGAGGAGAGAGAAAUAGAGCCUAAGACAUUGGCAAACUUGGUGAGUUCCUCGUUGUACGAGAGAAGAUUUGGACCAUACUUCGUUGGACCAAUUGUUGCUGGUUUGGAGUCUAAAACCAACAAACCAUUUAUCUGUGGGUUUGACUUGAUUGGAUGUAUUGAUUUUGCGAAGGAUUUCAUUGUUAGCGGUACUGCUGCUGACCAGUUGUAUGGUAUGUGUGAGUCGUUAUAUGAGCCCAACUUGGAGCCAGAAGACUUGUUCGAGACCAUCAGUCAGGCGCUAUUAAAUGCCGUGGACAGAGACGCCUUGUCGGGUUGGGGUGCUGUGGUGUACAUUGUGACCAAAGAUAAGGUUGUCAAGAGAGUGUUGAAAACUCGUCAAGAUUAA